CUAUUGUCGCACAUCGAUGGUUGCGCUCUUCCAAUUUCCAGCCUGUCGACUUGUCAUCUUUAUACCUUUGUGAAGAAUAUACAGUUUCUUCAAUCACGCUUGCCUCCUAUUCUUCGUCUCGCUAUUCGGUUCCGCCUUGAUCUCUUGGAAAUAUCUGCCUUGACGAGGCCACGUCUCCCGUUUUGGCUGCGCCCCAUGGAUAAUUUGCCUCUCGUCGACAACCCACGAUUUUGAAUCUAUAGCCAACGGAGUCCAGUAUUCGCCACACUGCAAUUCUAAAGGAAAACACAAUAUUGAUAUCCGCCUCUCCGCAUCUCAGAAUGGCGGUAGCUUCGAUACAGGACCGGACGAAUGAGUUCCACUCCAUUCUCGGACAAGCGCAGAAGCGAAUGGCCUCGAAUAAAGUUGGGGCUCAACGUCAGGCAUUGCUUUCUGAUUCACAGCGCCGACAAGCAAAUGGUGCUCCCGAUCCCACUGGGAAGAAGGGUAGAUCAGAGUUUGCCAAACGAGCCGCCGAAAUUGGACGAGGAAUUACCGGAACCACGGCGAAGCUACAGCGAUUGGCAGAGUUGGCUAAACGGAAAACCCUUUUCGAUGAUCGUCCCGUUGAAAUUUCCGAAUUGACCUACGUGAUUAAACAAGACCUAGCGGCGUUGAAUUCUCAGAUCGCACAACUACAAGCCCUCACACUAUCACAACACCCCCGGGCGAACCGCAACAAAUCGGAUCAGGAGGGUGAACACAAUGACAAUGUUGUCGUCAUGCUCCAGGGCAAGCUUGCUGAUGUAGGCGCCAACUUCAAAGAGGUUCUCGAAGUACGCACCAAAAACAUCCAGGCGUCACGAUCUCGUACCGAAAAUUUUGUUUCAUCCGUCUCGUCCAAAAGCCAGACCCAGUUCGACCCUCAGCGGUCUGACUCGCCUCUUUACAGCGCACCUCGAAGCAGAACACCUCAGCCUGGGUUUCGCGGCAGCGGCAACUCAUCAGACCUUCUCUCCAUCGAACCCUCAUCUACAUCGGUACUCGGCCAACCGGGUUCCAGUCGUGCCGCGUCAGACCAACAGCUUCUCAUGAUGGAAGAAGCGCAGCCAAAUAAUACCUAUAUACAAGCGCGUGGAGAAGCCAUAGAGGCAAUUGAGCGCACCAUCAAUGAAUUAGGUGGAAUUUUCGGUCAACUCGCAACAAUGGUGAGCGAGCAAUCGGAAAUGAUCCAACGCAUCGAUGCAAACACAGAAGAUGUUGUCGACAACGUCGAAGGCGCACAGCGGGAAUUGAUGAAAUACUGGUCAAGGAUGAGUGGUAACAGAUGGCUUAUUGCGAAGAUGUUUGGCAUUUUAAUGAUUUUCUUCCUCCUUUGGGUUUUAAUAUCCGGUUGAAGAGCCCGCCUUUCGCUCUUGAUCUUCCGAAAUUCCGCACGGAUGUAGAUAUUCUGUACUAUGUACGCUAAUGACGACCUACGACUCUUCCGCUGGCCAGGGAGUCAUGGCUUUUUCUUUUUAUACCUUCGAACGCAGACACAUACCUUUUCUAUUUGACAUAACAUCUCGAUGGAUAAUAAUUCGAACCAACUUCUACGUCCCUCCUUUAAGUCGAAGGCUCUCUUGCCCCACUUUAUCACAUUUAUUCCCAUGUUCUGUUGCAACACAUUCACUGUUGAUGUCGUUAGAAAUAGACAAUGAGUCGAAAGCUCACCGCACAUGCUAGGAUACAAAUUAUGCUAUAUGCUGUCAUAAAUAUAGGGCAGUUCAUUGACCAUUUUGUUUAAACUUCUAAAUGAUAACAUAGAUUUCCAAUAAAGAAACAAACAAAAUAGCC